AUGGGGUUUCAUCGAUACUUUACUGCGCACGGAAACAAAAAAAACCAGAGAGAAAGAAGAGAAAAAGCGCAUCAUCGAAGAACGCUGGCCUAUGGAAACGCGUUGUCAGUGAAGAAACAUGGCGGCGCGCCGAUCGUCGAUCGUCGUCAUCAUCAGCGCGCAGGUCACUCGCGGACGCAUCGCCGGCAUGCGCUGCACGUACACCACGCACUAGGCGCCGGUGCUUGCGCGAGAAACGUUGACACGGUGAGCACGACACGCCUGAAACAAGUUCUCAACAGCGGAGUUCAAAACCUGUCGCGAAUGUUGGCCUUUUUAGGGACCACGACGGUCUCGUCGAGUCGCCGCUCUCGUGUGCAGCAGUUCUGUGGUCACUUGUCUGGCAGCCGAGUGUCGGUCUUUGCGAGUGGCUUUCUCAGUCGCGACCCCUCUCAGCUGCAGCGUUCGCGACACGAACGCGUGAACGGGACCCUGGUUCGUGCGUACGCGAGGCAAAGACUCGCGCUCACCAGACUGUGUGUAACGUCGACGCCUGCGCAGACGAGCACAGUAGGCACGUUGGACGAGCACAAAGCGCCCCCUGCUGAGAAGCAGAGGGUCCGCAUUCAGCGACUCUUCGAAGAGGCUGCCCACUUCCUUCAGCCCGCUAACUCCUUCGUGGUCAUUAAAGGAUGGGUACGAACUGCGCGGGACCAGAAGCAGUUCGCGUUCGUUCAAGUCAACGACGGCUCGAAUGUGAGCGGCAUUCAGGUUGUCGUUGACAGCAGUGUGCCGAGCUUCGAUAAAGUUGCAAGUCUCGCCACUGGAUGCUCCAUUGCGGUGUCCGGUUACGUGAGAAAGAGCCCGGGGGCCAAGCAGCCGAUAGAGGUCCAGGCAACAUCGGUCGAGUUGCUCGGGCCGGUCGCAAGCAACUAUCCGCUCCAGAAGAAACGCCACUCGUUCGAGUUUCUGCGAACCAUUGCGCAUUUGCGACCGCGAACGAACUCCUUCGCAGCAGUCGCCCGCGUACGCUCCGCGUUGGCUGCGGCGACUCAUGCGUUCUUUCAGUCUCGGGGAUUCAUCUACCUCCAUAGUCCGAUCAUCACCGCCUCAGAUUGCGAAGGCGCGGGAGAAAUGUUCCGCGUCACCACAUUGCCACCUGGAGCCACUGAGGAGCAGGCCGACUUUUUCGGUCAGCGCGCUUCGCUCACGGUCUCGGGGCAAUUGUCGGCGGAAGCGUACGCCUGUGCCAUGGGAGACGUCUACACGUUUGGACCAACGUUCCGCGCGGAAAACUCAAACACCAAACGGCAUCUUGCCGAGUUUUGGAUGAUUGAGCCCGAAAUGGCGUUCGCAUCCCGCGAUGAUGCGAUGAAGAACGCCGAGGAGUACGUCAAGCACGGCGUCUCAUUUCUCCUGGAAACCCGGAUGGAGGACUUGCAGUUCUUCGAUCAGUUUAUAGAAAAGGGUCUCGUUCGAAAACUAGAGCAAGUUCGCGACCUUGCCUUUGCCCGCGUCAGCUACACCGAAGCGAUUGAGAUUCUCUCAAAGGCGACGGAGAAGUUUGAGUUCACACCAGAGUGGGGCUCAGAUCUACAGACCGAGCACGAACGAUACCUUGCGGAGAGGCAUUUCCAACGACCAGUUUUCGUGUUCAAUUACCCGGCCUGCAUCAAGGCGUUCUACAUGCGCGUGAACGACACGGAGCCGACGACCGACGGGAGACGCACCGUUGCCGCGUUCGACCUCCUGGUCCCGGGUAUAGGAGAACUGAUCGGUGGCAGCCAGCGCGAGGAACGCUACGAUGUACUGUGCUCACGCAUGCAGGAGCUCGGGCUGAGCGAGGAGCAGUACUGGUGGUACCUCGAUCUGCGACGAUACGGAACAGUGCCUCAUGCCGGAUACGGACUCGGAUUCGAGCGAUACGUCCAGUUCUGCACCGGCAUGGAGAACAUCAGGGAUGUGAUUCCAUUUCCACGAUAUCCUGGUCACUGCGAGUUUUAA